CUCCAGGUGUGCCGCGCCGCCAGGGGCCCGGCCGAGAGCUCCUUCCCCGAGGACACGGUGGCCGACCAUGUGGGCAGCACGUGGCACCGGCGCUACUACGCGCAGCUCUCCGACGACGAGGACCUGCUGGCGGAUGAGGCAUCUGCGGAUGGCAGCGGGGAGCUCGGCAGCGGGGACCUGGCGCUGGUGGCCAGGAGGACCCCGGUGCCCGGCGUGGCACUGGCACCCACCGUUUAUUUCCGGGCACUGGUGAACUUCACCCGCAGCAUCGACUUCAGCCCCCGCCUGGAGGACCCCAACUCGGAGGAGUUCCGUGAGGUGUCCGAGGCCGUGGUGGACACGCUGGAGUCAGAGUAUUACAAGAUCCCUGGGGAGCAGAUGGUCAGCGUGGUGUUCAUCAA